AUGACGUUACUCUCUCGUCGUUCGUUUUUAAACAACAACAAUACCACCACCAAUGAGUCUUCGAAAGCCAAGUUUCUUUCAUUUAUGGGUAAAAAGCAUGCUUCCACUUCAAAUAUACAUAAUUUGGGGUCCAAAGACCCCCUGCAUGACUCAUCGAAAGAUUUCUCAUUCCUAAACCACGGCUCAUUCACCACUAAUACCAAUAGUCUCAAUCAUAAUAGCAACAGCAAUAGCACCAAUUCAAUUAAUAAUAUUCCAGGCACAUCCGUCGGUAGUAGUACCGAUUCCUUACAAUCAUUACAAUACAAUAGCAAUAUUCAUACUAAUGCAACCACUAAUACCACUACAACUAAUACAAAUUCCAUGGCGGAUUUGAAAAAAUUCUUUAUACCAAGAAAUACAAAUGCCAAGAAUGAUCCAUGUCAUGAACAUUCGGCCAUCCCUCCAUCCCGAGAUUCUUCACUUUCAUUAUCACAAUACAUGAACAUUUAUCAUGAUGAUACCAUUUUGUUCCAAAAAUAUGGGAAAUUGGGGAAACUCUUGGGUGAAGGUGCAGGUGGUUCAGUGAAAAUCAUUGAAAGACCAACAGAUCAUAAAUUGUUUGCCGUCAAGAAAUUUAAAACAAGAAAACAAAAUGAAUCUAUCAAAGUUUAUUCGAAAAAAUGUACUUCUGAAUACUUGAUGGGAUCUAUUCUUCAUCAUCAAAAUAUUAUAACCACAUUAGAUAUUUUUGCAGAUUCCAAACAAUCCAAUUAUUAUUUGGUGAUGGAAUAUUGUCCCAUUGAUUUUUUCAGUGUGGUGAUGUCCGGGAAACUGUCACGUGGUGAGAUUAAUUGUUAUUUUAAACAAUUAAAUAAUGGUGUCAUUUAUCUACAUUCCAAAGGUAUAGCUCAUAGAGAUUUGAAAUUGGAUAAUUGUGUCAUGACCGAAAAUGGUAUUAUCAAAAUUAUCGAUUUUGGGUCCUCUUUAGUUUUCAAAUAUCCAGAUUCUAAUCAUAUCAAUUUUACUUAUGGUAUAGUUGGAUCGGAUCCUUAUUUACCACCUGAAGUUCUUGUUUCCAAUAAAUUAAAUCAAUAUGAUCCUAGAUUAGUAGAUAUUUGGUCCAUUGGUAUCAUUUAUUGUUGUAUGAUGUUGAAACGUUUCCCAUGGAAAAUACCCGAUAGGGAGAAAGAUAAGAAUUUCAAUCUAUUCUCCAUGCAAGAUGAUUUUAAUCAUGACUAUGUUCAAAGUGCCAAAAACCAUGAAUUAUUGAUUCAAAUGAGGAAACAAGGUAAAUCUGAUCAAUAUAUUAAAGAACAACAACAAAUCAUGUUAAACAACAAUAAACCAAUUCCAAAUCCAAACGCUGUCACUUUGGAGAAUGAAAAGCCUUCCACAAUCCAUGGACCUUAUAGAUUAUUACGUCUAUUACCUCAUGCUUCAAGACCCAUCAUCUCCAAGAUAUUAUCCAUAGACCCAUCAAAAAGAGCAACAUUUGAUGAUAUUAUCCAUGAUCAAUGGUUCCAAAAUAUUCAAUGUUGUAAUGAAGUCAGUAGUAAUAGUAAUGCCAAUACUAAUACUAAUAAUGCUAUACAAAAUGAUAAUAUCGUGGUAAAGAGAGUUUCUGGUCAUCAUCAUACAAUUGUAAAAGAUAAUGAAAAAAAUGGGAAACAAAUCAUUUAUAAAGUCUAA